CGCAUCUUGACGUGAUAACUUGUUAUUGACGUGAUAAGUUGUUUAUUGCUGGAAAAUCAAGAAUUUUUAUUGCAAUUUUUAUUAAGUAGAUCCUAGAGCUUGAUAGUAUUCAAUAUUAUGCGUAAAUAAAACGCAAUUUGGGCAAUACGGAAACAAAACUUACCGAAUAAUCAAAGACAAAGAUGGAUUACCAAAAUCGACCUGGAGGAAAGACUGGAGGUGGAGGUGUAGCCUCUUGGUCAGAGAGCAACAAAGAUAGAAGAGAGCGUCUUCGACAGUUGGCUCUGGAAACUAUCGAUCUAAACAAAGAUCCUUAUUUUAUGAAAAAUCAUUUGGGUUCUUACGAGUGUAAAUUGUGCCUAACUCUACACAACAAUGAAGGGAGUUAUCUUGCUCAUACGCAGGGUAAGAAACAUCAAGCUAAUUUAGCUAGGCGAGCAGCUAAGGAAGCUAAAGAAGCUCCACAGACAUUAGCACCAGAAAAACCCAAAGUAGAGCCUAAGAAAUUUGUCAAGAUUGGUCGUCCUGGCUACAGAGUAACUAAACAGAGGGAUCCUGAAACUGGUCAACAGAGUUUACUCUUUCAAGUAGAUUACCCAGAAGUUGCAGAUAAUGUUAUUCCACGACAUAGAUUCAUGUCUGCUUACGAGCAGAGAGUUGAACCUCCUGACCGUAAAUGGCAGUAUUUGUUAUUUGCUGCUGAGCCUUAUGAAACUAUAGCUUUCAAGGUACCAAGUAGAGAGGUAGAAAAAGCAGAAGGAAAGUUCUGGACACAUUGGAAUAAGGACACAAAACAAUUUUUCCUUCAAUUUGCGUUCAAAAACGAGAAACCAUCUAUUGGCAAAGUUCCACCUCCACCAGUCCCGCUUAUUCGACCAGGAUUACCUCCAACAAUGAUGCCCGUACCUCCACCACCUCCAAGACCGCCGAUGUUCAAUCCAGUACCACCACCACCCCCAAUUAUAGCACCUGGAAUGCCUAUCCCUCCCCCUCCUCCUCAAAUCCAUUAAAUUUUAAAGUUAUAAAAAUGACUACUUUUUAAUUAAAUGAUUUAUUUAAUAUGUGUGAAAAAACAUAAUAAAUUAACGAAGAUUCAAAUUUGAUUAUUUAUUAUUAGAUUCAAAUUGGUUUAUUAUUUAUUAGUUUUAUAAAUGUAAAAAUAUAUUAGUAUAAUACAAUUACUUCCAAUACAAGAUAACAUCUUGCAUAAAAUUAAAUCAAUAUAUGUACAUUUAUAAAAGUUUUAUUAAUAUUUUUGAUUAUUUUAAUGAUUCUCGACAAAAAAAUAUUGCAAAUAUUUUGAUUUAAAAAAAAAUGUCCUAUGCUACUUCAUUUUUACAAAAAUAUGCACUAGAGCUUAUAAU